AUGGCUCCUGCUAAACGGUCACGCGCUGUCCUGGAAACAGAGGAAGUAUUGGACGUUCAGCAGGCAAGAUCGCAUCUUAGCCAGGACGCGUCUUCAAAGCGAGUCAGACUAUCCUACUCUGCACAGGGAAAGCAGCGCGAAGAAAGCCCAGGCUCCAAUAGCGAUGCUCCCGCCGGGGAGGACGAGGACGAGAACGAUCGAGGCCGCCGCGACUCUCCACCCCGCACCCAGUACGAGAUAGCCCGCGACGAUGGGUUCAAGCAUCUUCAAUAUGAGGACCAAGACGACCAACGAGCCACACAGAAGAUCAAGAGUCGUCCGCAGCGCAUCGGCGACAACCAUGCUGCUGAGAACGGCAUUAUAGAGAGCGUCGAGUGCUUCAACUUCAUGUGUCACGAACGUCUCUUCGUCGAGCUGGGCCCUUUGAUCAACUUUAUUGUCGGCGAGAACGGAAGCGGCAAGAGUGCCGUCCUGACUGCCCUUACCCUAUGCCUCGGUGGUAAGGCGAGCUCGACCAACCGAGGUGGCAGUCUGAAGAGUUUCAUCAAGGAGGGCCGCGAUAAUUCCGUCAUCAUCGUGAGAAUAAAGAACCAGGGCAUCGACGCAUACCAACCUGAUAUCUAUGGAGAAACCAUCAGGGUCGAGCGACACUUUUCCAGAGCUGGUGCUAGUGGCUUCAAGCUCAAGAGCGUGACCGGCAAGACCAUCUCCACCAAGAAGGCCGAUGUCGACGAAAUCUCGGAAUAUUGGGCCUUUCAGGUUGACAAUCCUCUCAACGUUCUUUCUCAGGACAACGCGCGACAAUUUCUGAACUCGUCAUCAGCAUCCAUGAAAUAUAAGUUCUUCGUUCGCGGCGUACAACUUGAGCAGCUGGACAACGACUACAAGCUCCUGACAGAGAUUCUUGAAAGUCACGAAGCAAAGCUACCGAGUCUCGAGGAGCAUGUGCGACGUGCUGAACGAGAGUAUUCCGAGGCGCGCAAGCUCAGGGAUAUCGCCCAGAAGAAUGAGGAGAUGAGAAAGACCUAUCGCCGUCUUCGGAACCAGCUCUACUGGUCCCAAGUUGCAGAGCAAGAAGACGUCUUGCAGCAAUGCAACGACAGUAUCACAUCCCUAGAUGAACUGAUCAAUGGGGCUGAGGCGACCAUUGAGCAGGCAACACAGGCCCUGGCUCAGUGCGACGAGCAGUUGGCGCGUGCCCAAGCAGCCGUGGAAGAGAAAACCCUGGAGGCCAAUACCAUCAAUGAAGACGUCAACUCUGCAAAGGCUGAUUUUGAAGAAGCCAAAGCACAGGUUACCGACUUGUACCGACAGCUGAGAGACGUCCAGUUACGCCACAAUAUCGCAAAAGACAAGGUGAAGGACUACGAGGUCAAGAUUCUGGCGGAGGAGCAAAGACUCGACGCCAGUGCUGGUAGCGCUCGGCAGGAGCUCGAGGCGAAGAUGAAUGAAGCGAAGUCGGAGGAAUCAACCUUCCAAGAAGAAAUGUCGAAUGCUCAGAACAAAAGACCGGAAUUGCAAGCUGUGUUGAAGCAAGCCGAAGUUGAUGAAGCCGCCGGAAGAAUCGAGCUGAACGGGAAGAGGCAAGAAAUUUCAGCAGCCGAGUCCCGCCUGCAGAGCCUCCAGCAUAGCGCAGGGUCAACAUACGCAGCUUACGACAGGCAAAUUCCCGCUCUCCUGCAGGCUAUUGAGCGUGACAAUGGUUUCGACGAGAAGCCCGUCGGGCCUAUUGGAGCCCACAUCCAACUGUUGCAGCCCGCUUGGUCGUCUAUUUUGGAGACGACUCUCGGCGCAACACUUGACGGUUUUUUGGUGUCGAACAAGAGGGACCAACAAAGGCUCGCAAGGCUAAUGCAGCGCUUCAACUUGGCCCGCAUUCCCCCGAUCAUCAUCGGCAAGCGACUGCCGCCCAACGUGAACCUUAAGGAGCCUGAUGAACGAUUUGAUACUGUCCUCCGCGUGCUCAAGUGCGAUAACGAGUUGGUGCGAAGCCAGCUCAUUGUUGCCCACUCGAUCGACAGAAUCAUUCUCAUAAGGGAGAGACAGCGGGCCGAAGAAGUGAUGUUUGGAAAUUCGCCUCCACCCAACGUACAGGUAUGUCUCACUUUCCAUGAUGGUGCCAACAAGCGUGGUCAUGGUCUUCGUUUGCAAGCGAAGGAGACUGGGAGCAACACAUCGCCUGUCAAUGCAUUCAAUCGCAUCCCGAGGAUGAAGUCGGACAACGAGACCCAAGUUAAGUUGCAAGGCGAAGCAUUGGCUCAGUUGCGGGGCGAGCUGCGCUCUCUAGAAGCAAGCCAGCGCCAGCUUGAACAAGCAUCUGCCAAGUGCAGGGCCAAUCUGAACACACAAGAAGCCGAGAUCAAGUCGUUGGACAGGAAGUUGCUCAGGGCUCGAGCGAAGAUCGACAACAUUUCUGCUGAGCUUGACCAGUACGAGGGAGUUGAUGGAAGACUUAUUGGUUACAGGGAAGAACUGGAAAAGGCCAAGGCGGAGAAAGAACAUCAGGGCACCCAAUACGGAGAAAUGAAGGUUCGACAGGAAGAACUCAACAAGAAAACCGAAGAAUACAAGAGGAGGAGCGACGAAGAGAAGAGAAGACUGAAAGACUACGAUGCUCAGCUGAACAAGCUGAAGAUGCAUGUUCAGAGGGCCGAGGAUUUGCGGAAGCUUGCGGUCAUCGACAAAAAUCGCGCAUUCGAGGAUCGUGACAACGCGAUUGAAGACAAGCGACGCGCAGAAGAAAAACGCGACCGACAGGCUGAGACCGUGGCCAACUUCACAGAGCAAGCCAUGGAGAAGGCGCCGAAUCGAGUGUACAUCGAGGAGGGCGAGACUCAUAAGAGUAUUGAGGCCAAGUAUACCACCAUCCACCAGCAGUUGGAAAGAAGAGCCCAAAAGCUUGGCGCAUCGGAUGAGGAAAUCAAAGAGCGAGCAGCUCGAGCGGAAGCCACCUAUGAGUCUGCGAAGCAGCUCUAUCAAGGCCAACUGGAGGAACAGACCGCUGGAAAGCUGAAUUUGGAAGAUCGACUGAACAGAUGGCGUUUGUUCCAACGCCAUAUUUCGGCUCGUGCCCGUAUCUGCUUCCAGUAUCUUCUCAGCGAGCGCGGUUUCAGGGGCAAGCUUGCCAUUGACCAUCCGCAACGCAGGUUGUCACUCUUUGUGGAACCUGACGAAACACGAAAGGGCACGGGUGGUAGAAGUACAAAAACACUUUCAGGAGGCGAGAAGUCGUUCUCGUCGAUCUGCAUGCUGCUUGCCAUCUGGGAAGCGAUGGGGUCGCCUCUAAGGUGUCUAGACGAGUUCGAUGUCUUCAUGGACAAUGUCAAUCGUACCAUUAGCACGGGCAUGCUGAUUGCUGCCGCUCGACGCUCGGUAUCGCGCCAGUAUAUCAUGAUUACACCAAACGCUAUUGAAGGAAGGGCAGCACUCGACCAGGACGUGAAGGUCAUUCGCUUGACGGAUCCCCGGCAACGAACUUUGGUCUGA